AUAGUAACAACUGUUAAACGAAAUUAUAUACUACUAAGUAAUAGUAAAUUUUGUUAUAAAUUUAUACUAUUGUGUAACGUGAAGCUGAAAAUAAAAAUGAGUUACACUCCGAGUAGCGGAAGGAGAACAAAUUAUAGCUCAAGAUCUAUGGAAGAAUAUUUUUCUAUGGACGACAUUCUUGCAACUGAAGUACGAAUACCUUGUCGUUUUCAACUUCCUGUGUAUAAACUUGGCUCCCUCAAUCCUUCAUCUCAGUCUCCUGAUUUGUUACCUGGAACUAAGUUAGAGUUGCCACUAUGGUUAGCCCAAGCCCUUCAAAGCAGACAUAUUGUGAAUGUGGAACUUCCCAAAUCAUACCGAGAGACUUACAGAGAAAUUUUAAGUGCAGAUGCUACUAUGGUGGAUCUCCAUGAUCUUGGACCUUACUUCUAUCACAUUGGCUUGUACUUGCUUAACUUUCCAUAUGCUGAUACUGAAGAAAUUUCCAAGAUGCUAACUCAGACAUUCAAAAACAGAUUUCGCAAGGUUAUGGAUGCAUCUCAACACACUCUGCAGGAAGAAACUUCAUCAUGGACCUUUAGGCUUGACAUGUUGGAAGUGGAGCUAUUUAAUAUUGGCCAGAAGGCGUUUUUGGAAUUCCAAGAAUGGCAAGCUCGUAAAAUGGAAAAAAUAUGUACAUCAGGCAUGGUUAUUAAUCAUAAGAAGAGGAAGCGAGCAGCUAUGGAUAACAUUGUAUAAUAGUAAAUCAUAUCAGUGAAAAAUGAAACUCAAAAACUUUGACUUAUUUUUAUGUAGGAUCUACCAAAAUAACUAUUUAAUAAUGUUAGAAGAAUUACCAGUAUAUAUACUUUUGGACAAUCAGAUAGUUGUGAACAGAACAGCCAAAAUACUUUUCAUGAAAAGAUCGAGUAUGGUGCCUUGUUCAGUGUUCAUAAUGUAUAUGUAUUUAGAAUGAAAUUUAAACUGAUAUGACUGAAGUUUUUGCACUUCAAGUAUUCUUGAACACUCGUAUACCGUGACAGUCAUGUGGAUUUUCUUAGGUCUUGAAUCUACACACACUGGGUAUUAGUUAGUGGAGUGUGAAACGUGGUUUGCCAGUUAACAUGUGACCACUGAUAUUUCAUUUCCACUUGCAACAGUAUGAAGACACAAAUUGCAGAUGUCUUUCAGUUUAUUCAACAGAAAGAUUAAGAUGCUACUGAAGCAGAUACUCAGCCAUUUGAAAUUCAGGAAAAGAAUUUGAAUUAUAAAAACAUAGGUGCUUUUGCAAGGUAAUAUAUUCAUGAAUUGGAUUGAGUAAAAAUUGUGUUAGAUCAUGUUUUUGU